UAUUGUGUCAAUUUCUCCGGGUUUAGAGUUUAAGUUUGGUGUUUAUAGAAUAAUAAACUUACUCUUUAUUUCCUUACUAUAUAUAUAUAAUCAGUCAAUUUUAACAGAAAGUAGAGUAUUUUAGUUGGAAGUAAAUAAAAAACAUGACUACUUUGGGUCCCAAAAAGGAUGGGGGUCCCAAUGUGGACUUCUUUCAAUCAUCGGAAUGCCUAACACAGUUCGAUCAAAUCCGUGUGUGGUUGCAAAAGAACUGCAAAAAGCAUGUACAAACUGAUCCACCAACCAAAGAAGGCUUAGCACAACUUGUUAUCCAACUAAUUCAAUACCAAGAAAAUAAACUAGGCAAAAAUGCUGUAGAUCCACCUUUCCUGAGGCUUCCGAUGAAAGUGUUUAUGGACAUGAAGCCGGGUGGCUCGCUGUGCACAGUGCUUUCCACCAUGUUCCGCUUCAAGUCGGAGCAGCGGUGGCGCAAGUUCGACUUCCAGGUCGGUAAGAACCCGUCUCGGAAAGACCUGAACGUUCAGAUGAUGAUGGAGAUAGAGUCAGCUCUUCUGACCGCUGAAGUGAUUCGGUCACCAUGUAUCUACAUACGCCCCGAAGUCGAUAAGGCAACUGCUAAUAAAGUUAAGGAUAUCAUUAGCAAUCAUCAAGUUGAAAUAUGCGAUGACGAAGAAGACGCGACCCACAUAAUAUAUCCGGCAGUUGACCCGCUGGAAGAAGAAUAUGCAAGGCCGGUCUUCAGAAAAGGUAACCAUGUCCUCGUCCACUGGUACUACUUCCCGGACAGCCAUGAUACGUGGGCUCAAGCUGAUUUACCGGUAGACGUCCCAGAAACAGCUAAUUGGGACUGCAAUAGGUCAGAGCCGUACCGUGUGUCUGCCACCUGGGUGCUGGAUGUCCCUCAUUAUAACGAAUGGAUGAAUGAAGAGGACUAUGAGGUUGAUGCUAACGGAAAGAAGAAGGUGCACAAACUUCGUCUCUCAGUAGACGACCUAAUUGCGGGCGGUGAACCGUCGUCAAAGAGCAAAAAGGGAAAGAGGAAACGCUCGCCGUCACCACCUCCUCAGAAACACAGCAAAAGGAAGAGUCGUGGAGCUAAAAAACGAGAAAAUGAUGUGGAUGAAGAGGAGGAUAACGCAUCAAGGGACAACACUGAUGUCACUCCCGCGCCUGAAGUCGAAAAACAACCUGAACCAACUCCAGCUACAUCCUCAACGGCGGCUGCAUCACAAGAGCCUGCUGCUUCCACCUCUGAAGCCCCAACUACGCCCGCACCCGCUAUAGAGCACGACGAUUCACAGGGGAAACACAGCGAUUCUAACACACAGGAAACAAUAAUAAAGGAAGAGAUGGAAGAUAACGUUACAGACCAGACUCACCAUAUAGUCGUGCCCUCGUAUUCCGCGUGGUUCGACUACAACUCCAUCCACACGAUAGAGAAACGCGCCCUACAAGAGUUCUUUAACGCCAAGAAUAAAUCUAAGACGCCCGAAAUCUAUCUCGCGUACAGAAACUUCAUGAUCGACACCUACCGCCUGAAUCCCACAGAAUAUCUCACGAGUACGGCCUGUAGACGUAAUCUAGCGGGAGACGUGUGCGCAAUAAUGCGGGUACACGGCUUCUUAGAGCAAUGGGGACUUAUUAAUUACCAGGUGGAGGCCGAUGUACGUCCCACAGCCAUGGGACCACCUCCGACAUCUCACUUCCAUGUCUUGUCUGAUACGCCUUCUGGAUUGCAGCCAUUGCAGCCCAGAGCCACUCAGCCUAUACCACGACCUGGUAUCUUGGUAGAAAACGCAGCAGUACCGAAAGUGGAAGCUGGUCUUCCCAACGGCACGGAAGCAGGUGCGCCAAUUAAAAGUGAGCCCUCGGUCAAGACUGAGCCAACCAUUGAACAGAUCUCGUCUGCGCCGGGACUCAAAAUGGACCAGUAUCGAGGCGGCACUCGCGGACGAGAAUGGACAGAACAAGAAACCUUACUUCUUUUGGAAGCGUUGGAACUCCACCGGGAUGAUUGGAACAGGGUUGCAGCUCACGUUGGAAGCAGGACUCAUGAUGAGUGUAUUCUACACUUUUUGAGGCUGCCGAUCGAGGACCCAUACCUCAACGACAGUGGAGUUCUGGGUCCUCUCGCCUACCAACCGAUCCCGUUCAGCAAAACCGGAAAUCCGGUAAUGAGCACCGUGGCCUUCCUUGCUUCUGUGGUCGACCCACGCAUUGCUUCCAAGGCCACUAAGGCUGCUAUGGACGAGUUUGCUGCUAUCAAGGACGAAGUACCAGCAGCCAUGAUGGAGGCCCACGUGCGAGCCGCAGGUGCUCUGGGCCCUCAAGCCGCGCUCGCGAGUACUGGCAUCGCUGGUACUGCGCCUGAAAAUCCACCUGAAAAGAAGGAAGGUAGCGAAAUAAAAGCUGAGCCAAUGGAAGUGGAAGGGGAGGCAAGUGGAGAAGGAAAGGUUAAGGAUGAAGCGGAUGCAGCGGCACCGGCAGAAGAAAAGGAGAUCAAGGAAGAAGAGACACCGCCUGCGCAGGACCCACCAGCAGCGGUAGACGCGAAAUUGCAAUCCGCAGCUGCUGCAGCACUUGCGGCUGCAGCAGUUAAGGCGAAGCAUCUCGCGGGCGUCGAAGAGCGGAAGAUUAAGUCCCUUGUGGCUCUUCUCGUGGAGACGCAGAUGAAGAAGUUGGAGAUAAAGUUGCGGCACUUUGAAGAGCUGGAGGCGACUAUGGAGCGGGAAAGAGAAGGUCUAGAAUAUCAACGACAGCAGCUGAUUCAGGAGAGGCAGCAGUUCCAUUUGGAACAGUUAAAGGCGGCAGAAUUCCGCGCUAGAAACCACGCCAUUCAGAGGUUGCAAGCGGAAAGCGGCGGGGCACCUGUAGGCGUUCCCGUCCCAGGAGUUGUACCGGGCGUUCCCGGGGUUACGGGAGUUACAGUAGGACCGCCCCCAACUGAAACGGGACACGAGCCGCCUCAUCAACCAGCUCCGCAUCAUCACCCUUAAGUUAUAUAAGCUCUAUACGUCUAGUUCUUAUACGCCUAGCAAUAACGUCUAUUUUUAUUUAGAAUAUAAAUAAGUGUAGCACUUCAACUUAUAGCUUGAUAUUGUGACAAAGGAAGCAAUGGCGUGGUUGAUUUUCACCCAUUUUUUAAACUCAACAUAAACAAGAAAUAUUAAACAAAUAUUUAGUCGUUGAACACGUAUAUAUUUGAUUAUCGUCAUAAUUAAACACGUUUUAAUCCA